GGGACCUGAAAAAUAAACGCGAUUUGUUGUUGUGGGUGGAUUAUAAACCGUAGCUCAAACCGUCCAUAGUUGAUUUUUCCUGAAAUAUCCAAACUGUAUUUCUCAUGGCUGGUGAAAGUGAUGUAACUCGUCCUUGGACGGAUGAAGAGAUUGCCUCCGAUGACAUUGGCAAGAAAGCUAUAGCAACAUUCCUGCAAGAACAUGCAGCGAAAAGGUUCUUGAGGGACCACAAGAUGCUUGGUGCUCUGAAACAUGUUGUGAAAACCUGCAACAAGGAGCAGUUUGUCAAAGCCUACAAAGAAUUGUUUGAAAAGAAGGCCUUCAAGGGACCACACGAUGAUGAAGAAGAGCUAGAGGAAGUCACCAAGAAGACAGCUGAGGUCAAGGUCAAGCCAAAGGUCAAAGAAGAGAAGGUUGCUGAGGUGCCCCACUUCCAUAAGAAGAUACUGAAGCAUGGAGACAGGACGACCUACCCUAAGAAGGGGGAUUAUGCUUCUGUGUGGUACAUUGGCAAACUGACUGACAAUACCGUGUUUGAUACCAACACAGCAUCAGGCAAGAAGAAGAAGGAUAAUACUCCGCUGAAGUUCAAGGUUGGAACCGGCCAAGUUAUACGAGGGUGGGACGAGGGGGUGCAGACGAUGACCUUGCAUGAGAAGGCAGAGCUUACCAUCCAGCCAGACUGGGCCUAUGGCAAGAAGGGAAAACCGGAUGCAAAGAUUCCUUCCAACGCUACUCUGAUCUUCGAGGUGGAGCUAGUCGGCAUCGACUGAGCCAAGAGUGUAUAAUAACUCAAAUCAAUCCAACUCUAAUUGCUGCCUUACUCAUCCAUUUAUGCAUGUUUGGAGGAGAGCAUAUAAUCAUUCUAUUUCACAUCAAGUGUAGCAGUGCCAUAAAUGAUAUAGAAACAUUAGGCACACAAUUUCCAUGUGUGACCUUUUCAAGAGCCGAUAUUUUUGGACUUAAUAUGUGACCAACCCUUCUCUCUCACUAAUGUAAAUUUUUAAAUUUCACUUGAAAAUGUCUAAAUUUCUUCCAGAACACAAUAUUGAAACCAUACACUAUUGCAAACCUUGAUUCGCUGCUUACGUUCUUCGGUCUCUGUAAAUGCAUGACCAUCUAAGCCACCUUCCCAUCUGAAAAUUAUAGACAUCGGAACCUCCGCCAGACCUGAGGUUUUUAAAAAUGUCUGUGAACUAGUUGGCCAUGGUUGGUAUAUUUCCUAUAGACUGUUUGCACUGCAGCCAUGUUUGAUGUGUGUGGUUUUGUUCAACAGGGAUCCGCAUGAGUUGACCUCUUGCGCAUUCAUUGUUAAAGAGGUUGUGGAAUGCUCGAAGACAUUUCCGGCCUUUUUUUGGGUAUAUGUAGCCUAAGGUGUGAUG